AAUAUAUAGGAAGGGGUGGAGUCGUCAUAAUAUAUAAUAAUGCUGGAAACGCAUCACGUGAUUUGAUAAACACGUCAAAUAAGGUGGAGUCAAUUGAUGUAAAUUUAAAUGAUAUUGGUUCAUAUCAAAUGAAAUAAUAAUCACAACUGAAAAUUGGAUGAAAAUAUAAUAUAAUCGUAGGGAGAAAUUUUCAUUCAUCAAUUGUAAUUGUCUUUUUUUUUUAAUUGUGCUUCCAAUCAUCAUCUUAAUACUUGCUAUUACUUUUUAUCAUCUCAGUUACUUUGUCGUCAUCAUUAUCAUCAUCAUCAUCUUCACUUAGUCUUAUACUUUUAUCACCUUUAUCAUUCUGGUUUUUCAUCAUCUUAUUAUCUUAUCAUCAUUUUUUUUCUGGUUAAUUGUUGUGUCCUCAUUGUACUGAUUGUUUUUGCUUUUCACCUUUGGAUUAAUUCAAGUUUCAUCUUUGUGUUGGUUUUUGUGUUUUAAUUGUGCUCAUUCAAUUUUAAUUGUUUUUAAUUAUGGUCAUUGUAAUUGCUCAAGGUGAACCUGAUCAGGUGACCGCCUUGACCGGUCGUCGUAGAGGUCGUUGUAAAUGGUUCAACGUGGCCAAAGGCUGGGGAUUCAUAACACCAAACGAUGGAGGACCUGAUGUAUUUGUCCAUCAGUCUGUAAUUCAAAUGAAUGGUUUUCGUAGUUUGGGCGAUGAAGAGGAAGUUGAAUUUGAAUGUAAGAUCUCCGAUAAAGGACUUGAGGCCACUUUGGUAACGGGAUGUGAAGGGUUGGAGUGUAAAGGAUCACACAGAAGACCAAUGUCCAAGAAAAAGUUUAAAAAAGUUCGAUGUUAUAAUUGUGGUGAAUUUGCAAAUCACAUUGCUUCAAAGUGCAAUAUGGACCCACAGCCGAAAAAGUGUCACCAUUGUAAAGCCGCUGACCAUUUAAUUGCUGAUUGUCCAGCUAAAGAUGUUAAAAAAAAUAAGAAAAAUAAACGUCAACAAUCAACGCAAUCAAAUUGUAUUACAUCAACUUCUGAUGAUCACAAUGAUAAUGAAUAUCAAUCAAUAUCUACAAGUGAAGUAUCAACAACACCAACAACAACACCAACAGUGACCACAACAACAACAACAACGAUAACUUUAUCGUCAUCAUCUGAAUCAGAAUCUAAUGAAUCAGUAUCUUCAUCAUCAUCUGUUUGUAUAAUUACCAAUAAUAAAUCACCUGAAGAUGAGGAUGAAGAUGAAGUGGUUAAUAAUUGUUGUGCUAAUGAGAUUAACUCAAUCAACUCUAAAUUAGUUGAUUCUUGCAAUGUUAAUGGUGAGACAAGUGAAGAUGAUGUUUCAUUGGUUGUCAUGGAAACUCAAUCAACAUCCUCAUCAAUUUCAUCGUCAUCAUCAUCAGCUGAUGAUCAUCAUGAAGGUAAACAGGCUCGUAGUGAUUCUGGAAUUGUUCAUGAUGAUGAAGAUAAUAAUUGUAAUACCAUGAGUAGGAACAGUAAUUGUGAUAUAAAUAAUAACAACAAUUUAACGAUCAACACCUCGACCACAAUUACAACCAAAAUCCCUGUUGUUGAAUUAAUUAAUGAGAUUAAUAUUCAACAUAGUGGAGAAAUCAAAUUGUCAACAAUUAAAUGUAAAGAUGAAGUUGAUUGCUCUAAAUCAAUUGAAUCAACACCUUCAGAUGAAAUUAUUACCACAACAAUUAACGAUUCAGCUACUACAUGAAUCAAGUUAAUUAAUUGUUUGUCCCUGUAAAUAAUUAUCAUCAUCAUCAAAUCAGAAUCUAAUUUGUAACAAUUUCAUCAUUCUUAAUCAUCAAACAAUCUGAUUAUCUCAAUCAACUUAAUCAAAUUGAGAUUCAAUAACAAUUUUAAUGAUAGCAAUUAACAAUAUAAGCAAAUCAAUUCUUCCAUUAAUUAUAAUAGUUAAUUAAUAAUUGAAUUUAAAUUUAGUUUCCAUCAAUAUAUUUACUGUAUUGAUCCUAACAAUUAACUAAUUACUUUCCAAACAUUUAUCAUACUAUUAAUAUAAACUCAUUACUUAUCCAAAGCAUUUCAAUACAACAAUUAGUUGAUUACUAUUAAUAAUCUAACUAAUUGUCAAUUGAAUUAAAGGUAAAUUAAAGUUCCUAAAGAAAACAAUUAAUUUCAAUCAUCACAAUUAGAUUUAAUUUAGAUGAUUAUUAGACUUGAUUAACUAAUUAUUUAGAUUUCAAUUACUUUUUAUUUUGUAAAUUCAAUUGUUUCAAAUUAUUAAUAAAUUAAUAAUAUUCAAUUGAGUCGCCAUUGAGUUUCAAUCAAAACAACAAACCCAAACAAUUAACUAACUAAUUAUCAUUUGAUCAACAAUUAGUAAUUAUUUUGAUUUUUUUUAUAAAUAAUAUUUAAAUCAUCAAAUCAAUAACAAUUAAAACUAAAUAAACUUUGUAAAAAUAACAAUUUAACUAAUCAUGUAGUUGCAAAAUCAUAUCAUUAAAUUGAAUUGUAGAUUAAUCAAUGAAAGUAAAUUGUAAUCAACUUUACUAAUUAACAACAAUUAACAACUGAAUCAAUAAAAACCCAUUGACAAUAAAACAAAAACCAAACAAAACCCAAUUAUUGUAACUGUAAUUUAAUUGUAUCCAUAAACAAUAAUCAAGGUGAACAAUUAAUCUGAUAAAUUGUGUAUUGCAAAAACAAUUAACUAAUCCAAUUGUAAAUGUAAAUUUAAAUUAUUAAACAAAAUAAAAUGUGAACAAAACAACAACAAUUAAGGAAACAAUUUAAUUUCUUAUAGGGUAUUUUUUUUAUAUGAAAAAAAAGUUGAUCCAAUUGAACUGAAUCAAAUUGUUAAAAAACUAGGAGGAGGAGGAGGAUGAGGAUAAAUAGGAGGAUGACAAAAGAAAGAGAAAAAGAAAGAGGAUCAGUGAGACGAUCAUCCUUAUCAUCCUUAUCAUCCUCAUCUUUAGAAGCUUCUUGUUUAUCAAUCUCAUGGGGAUAUUGAUUUAACUUUACUGUUCAAUUUAGUUUUCUAUUUUAUUUAUAUCAUCAAUUUCAUUUCCAGUGACUCCGAAACUCAACUUUCCCCUCCACCAAUCCACUCAUUCAUCCACUCACCAUGUUCCCAUGAAGGUGAUAAAUUGAUUGGAGAAUAAAUUUAAUCGUUGAAAAUCAAUAAUAUCAAAAUGAAAAUGUUCAAUUGGAACUGUAAACUUUACAAUUAGCGAAUCAAAUUUAAUCUUCUCUCUGAUUGUUAUCAAAGAAAACCAUUAGAUUGAUUUUAGAUGUUUUUCUCUCUUUCAAUUAAUCAAUUUAUCGGUAAUUAGGUUGAAUCAGUUAAUUGAAAAAAGAAUUUUUUUUUGAUAAUUCACUUUUUCUCUUAUUUUUCCAGGGAGAAAAUUGUUCUAUUAGUUGAAUGUUUUCCAAAACAUUUAACUUUCGCCAUGUUUAUGUUAUGUUCAUUUCAAGAACUCACAGAAAUCAUGAUAAUAAUAAUGAUAACAUGAAAUUCAUUCCGAUAAUAAGUUAUCUGAAUCAAGUGAAGAGGAAGAAGGAAAAAGUUUCACUUUCAUCGGGUUAAUUGAUUUCUAAGGCCUAAUGCCGAGUAUUAAUAUCGAUAUGAAAUAUCAUCAUGGGAACAUUUUUCAUUCGUUUGACCAAAGUUCUGAAAAAAAAAACUAUUGACCAUUCAGAUGAUCAAUUAAUGUUAAUCAACGAGGGAUUGAGAUUAAUUUUGAUUGAUUUGAUUAUUUAGGUGGUGAUGAAAUU